GCUUUAAGUAAAGAACACAUGGAGAAUACAGCAUCCUCCUGAUCGGUGUGUGAGCUGCAUCUGCUGGGGGAGAGCACUGCAGGGUACAAGACUCAUUCUUCAGCACCAGUCCUACAUUACCAAGAUGUAGUGCAGCGUGACCCCUUACAGAUGAAGGUGCUGGGUGGGGACCUGAACACUUUUCUUGAUCCCUUACUUGACCAUAAGCAUUCCACCUCUUCUCCUGUCUCAAUACGUUUGAGGGAUCGAGUUCUCCCUUUGUUUCUGAUGUCCUCUGGGCUUCAGGACACCUGGUGCCUUUUCCAUCCGGAUGAGCGCGGGCAAUGCCGUUUGGAUGUGUGACUUUAGGCGACAAGAAGGAUUAUAAUCAACCCACAGAAGUGAGCGACAAAUAUGAUCUCGGUCAACUCAUCAAGACGGAGGAGUUUUGUGAAGUCUUUCGAGCCAAAGAGAAAUCUUCUGGGAAAUUGUAUACCUGCAAAAGGUUCCUGAAGAGAGAUGGUCGUAAAGUCAGAAAGGCGGCCAAGAAUGAGAUCAACAUCCUGAAAAUGGUUAAGCACCCCAACAUCCUGCAAUUGGUCGAUGUCUUUGAAACGAAAAAGGAAUAUUUCAUCUUCAUGGAGCUAGCAUCGGGCCGUGAAGUCUUUGACUGGAUCUUGGAUCAGGGAUAUUACUCGGAGAAGGACACCAGCAACGUCAUCCGACAGGUCCUAGAGGCGGUGGCAUAUCUACACUCCCUCCGUAUUGUGCACAGGAACCUGAAGUUGGAGAAUUUGCUGUAUUUCAACCGCAUGAAGAAUUCGAAAAUAGUCAUUAGCGAUUUCCAUCUGGCCAAAGUGGAGACAAGUUUGAUCAAAGAGCCAUGCGGGACCCCGGAGUAUCUGGCCCCUGAAGUAGUUGCUCGACAGAGAUAUGGACGACCUGUUGACUGCUGGGCAAUAGGAGUCAUCAUGUAUAUACUUCUCUCCGGGAACCCCCCGUUCUAUGAUGAGAUGGAAGAUGAAGACUAUGAAAGCCAUGACAAGAAUUUGUUCAGGAAGAUCCUGCACGGAGACUACGAGUUUGAUUCGCCAUACUGGGAUGAUAUUUCACCUGCAGCCAAAGACCUGGUGGCCCGUCUGAUGGAGGUGGAUCAGGACCAGCGGGUGACAGCGGCCGACGCAAUAAGCCAUGAAUGGAUUUCAGGGAAUGCAGCAUCGGACAAAAACAUAAAAGAUGGAGUCUGUGCUCAGAUUGAGAAAAACUUUGCUAAAGCCAAAUGGAAGAAAGCCGUACGAGUGACCACCAUGAUGAAGCGGCUGAGAGCUCCAGAACAGACUCAAACAGAGUCAAAAACUCCUUCACCAUCCAAUGAGAAUGAGAGGACGCCAGGCCUGGAAACCCCAGCCAGUACACCAGCCGAGGACACUCCAACUCUGCUUACUCCUUCUCCAGAAGAGACCGGCUGAGAGUCUGGAAGAACAAAGCAGACAACCCAACACCCUCUUCACCGCAGAGCAUACUCUCAUUAACCCUUCCUUCCCCUCCACUCGGGAGGGGUUCUCUGCAGUCAUGUCAUUAACAUUGUUGCUGUCAGAGAGAUCUGCACUUGAUUGCAGUGCAGAGCGAUGUCAGACCUUUCGAUUGCUAGGCAGAACCGCAGCACUAACUCCCAUUGCAUUGCCCCAUUAACCCCUUCACUGCUAGAGCAGAGCCUUUAUUUUUAUUCCGCAUCCCCUUAGUUGCUAGAGAUUUACGCGCUGUUAGAAAAAAGUUAUUUUGUUAUUUUACCUCAUUCCUCACCCCCUAGUUAUGAUGCUAGAUAAAUGACUGCGUCUUGCACCUUUAUGAUCGCCUCUCCUUGACUGCCAUUAUUAAAGUGGACCUCUUACCAUAAGUAAACAUAGAUCUAUUUAAAAAAAUUAUCAAAGUUUAUUACUGAAAAUUUUUAAUGAAAUGUAAUUUUUAGCAGCCUCCCAGGUGCCUCUUUGUGGCAUUUCUUUACUUCCCUCCCACUUGUCUUUAUAAUGAGAAUGAUUAAUGGAUUCCGCUCCCAUACCUGAGAGGGUGGAGUGUUGUAAGAUGAGAGCCAUACCCCCUUAUUAGUGUAGGUCCACUUUAAGCCUGGGGUGUAUUAUACUCCUGUCCAUGUGAUAGGUGGCAAGCUUAUAUCUCCAGAUUGCCUUUGUUCCCUCAUUCCUUUCUGAACACCUUUUGUGUCCCACUUGGGGAACACACAAUGUACAGACCUUUCCUCUGUGUUUUGUAAGCUUUCUUUGAAUAAAUGUGCUGCAUAUCCCA